AUGGGGUUUGGAGGUGGUGAAUGGCAGCAAGUGGCGACUAGGGUUAUGGUUAGGUUUAGAUUUAGAAAGAUUGAGAGCGGUUAUUGGGAUUUGGGUUGGAGAUAUGGAGAGAGGAGAAGAAGAGGAGGAGAUGGUGAAAAAAUAAGGCCGAUUGGAGGUCGUCCGCCGCCGGUGGACGAUUUCCGGCUGCGGUGCACGGUGGGGAAGCGUGGCGACGCAGAGAGAGGAAUCAGCAUGACUCAAGAUAGAGAAGACAGAAUCAGCGCUCUACCAAGAAACAUUAUAGAUGGUAUUCUUGGGCUCCUGCCUGUAGAAGAUGCGGCAAGAAGUAGUAUUUUGUCCAAAGAAUGGCGAUAUAUUUGGGCCACGCUUCCUUAUCUGGUGCUGGAUAAGCUCUUUUGUAACAAAUUAGCAGCAAGAUCUCAGUACGUCUUCAAAGAAACUAUAGAUAAGAUUCUCUUACAGCAUCUUGGAGACGUUGUGAAAUUUGAUCUCGAUGUCUCAGGAGUACAGUUGUCUUUGUGUCCCGAUAUUGAUAGAUGGAUGCUCUAUGUCACCAGAAACGGUGUCAAGAAGCUAACCCUUAACAUGUCAAAUAAUAGUACUUAUAAACUACCUUCUUAUAUAUAUAAUUGUCCAACACUGACACAUUUGAAACUCUUCAACUGUGUCUUCAAGCCACCAACUUCUUUUCUUGGCUUUCCGAAACUUGUAACACUUCAUCUAGAACAAAUAACCUUUGUGCCAACUGCAGAGUUUUGUGUUAUCAACGCACCACUUCUUGUCCUUCUGGCCUUGAUGUACUGUAACGGUACUAAAUACUUGAACAUUGGUUCAUCGCGGUUGAAUACCUUGGUUGUUUGUGAGAAUCACUAUAAUGUUGAGCUAAGUUGCUUUAUGAACUGCAAAAGUUUGACAGCUUUACACCUUGUGAUACAUAAUUCGAUAUCCGCUGAAAGAUCAAAAUUUGAAAAGCUUCUUAGCUUACCUACACUUAAGGUGCUUAAUUUGACUGCACCUUUCCUUGAGCUUUUGAGUGCAGGUGCAGUUCCACAAGGGCUUCCUUUUACACUCAACUGCUUGUCGAAUCUAAUGUUAGGUGUAAACUUCAGCCAAAUGAGUCAGAUCUCUUACAGCCUCGAGUUGAUUAAGAGCUCCCCCAAUUUGAGUAAACUUGAGAUUUUGGUCAGUGCUUCCAGUGAUACUGUGGAAGCAGUUUCAGAAUAUCUAGACACACCAGACUGCUUGGAUCAACCACUCAACAAGCUCAAAUAUGUGGUCAUACAUCUUUUUACGGGUUCAAAUACUGAAUUGUUUUUCGUAAAGCUAUUGUUUGCUCGUUGUCCAUCUUUGACAAGUAUGAGCAUUAAGCAGGUAAAACCCUCUGGUUCCAAGGAAGAAAGGAAUAUUGUAAUAGAAUUGGCGCGUUUCCGCAGAGCAUCUCCCAAGGCAGAGCUAUUGUAUUUUCCAUACUCGGAUUAG